ACAAGCGUUCCUGGAAGUCUCGUGAUGUUGCACCUCUGGGUUUAGAAACUCUGUGAUUUGGUCUAUAAAACAGGGUGUCACUCCCGGUCUACAUCUUGGUAGAGAUACAUCCCGACCUAUGGGCUCUACUUGGCUUCUAUUUUGUACAUCUACUUGUGAUUUCUGUCUGGUUGACAUCCAUCGGAAAGCUUCGUUGAUUUAAGAAAUAAGAGCACCAAUCGUUAGGGCUCCAGAGUCCUCUUCCUGUUCAGAAAGAACAACAAGACUGGAGAACAAAGAUAACACUGAGUCAUGUCUGACUCGGAGACCAUCGAGCUAGCCGCUCUGGGCCGACCCUUCCAGCUGGGGAUGCUGUAUGACUGUCGUAGAGAUGUCCUCAUUCCAGGUAUCACUCUCUGGGAUUCUGAGAUGCUGCAGAAACACAUCAAUGUCCGUCCACAACCAAACACUGACUUCAAAAUCAUUGCUUCAGACUCAAGUGAAGCCAAGUCAGAGGCUUUGAAUGUGUCUGCAUCUCUUGACGCCAGUUUCCUUGGUGGCUUAGUCAGUGUGAAGGGUUCUGCUGAAUUCCUACAUGACAAAAAGACCUCAAAGCGUCAGUCUAGGGUUUCUCUGCAGUACCGUACCACCACUCGCUUCGAGCAGUUGACCAUGGACCACCUGGGGGUAGGAAAUGUGAAAUACUCUAAUGUCUUACAAGAGGGCUCUGCAACCCAUGUGGUGACUGCCCUGCUGUUUGGAGCGCAGGCCUUUUUCGUUUUUGACCAAGAGGUUUCCUCAGGAGAGAACCACCAGGACAUCCAGGGAAACCUGCAGGCAACAAUAAAAAGAUCCCUCAAAUGUCAAUAGAAGGGCAGGCAAAUUUGAAGAUGAGUGAGGAAGAGCAGAGAGAGACCAAUAAAUUCAACUGCACUUUCCAUGGUGAUUUGGCACUAGAAAACAACCCUGUCACAUUUGAAGAUGCCAUCAAGGUGUAUGCUGGCCUGCCAUUUCUGCUAGGGGAGAACGGAGAACAUGCUGUGCCCAUGACCGCCUGGCUCUAUCCUCUCAAGAACCUGGACUCUGCAGCUGCCCAGCUAGUCAGGCAGAUCAGUGUUUGCCUGGUGCGUCGCGCACAGCGACUCUUGGACGGACUCGACAAUACUGAUGUACAAUGCCAGGACAUGAUGAAGGAAGACAUGGCUAUCAAGUUCCCUGAACUCAAAGCCAAAAUCAACAAGUUCAGGGACUUGUGCUCAGAGUACAAGCUGGUGUUCCAGAAAGGUCUCUGCAAGGUUCUUCCCAACAUAAGAGGAGGAGGAAUGGAGGAGGAAGAGCUGAUAAAAAUGCUCAACAGCAAAGAACGUUCUCCAUUCCAGAAUAACCUCAUGAUCACGUACCUGGACGACAGAGAGAGAGAGAUGAAUGUUGUUCGCUCUUACCUUGACAUAAUGAAAGAGGUACAAGUUGUGUACUCAAGCAGUGAAUUGGAUGGAAUAGUGCUUGAUAAAGCUAAUGAUUUUGUAGUGUGUUUUGCAUUUUCCUAUUUGAAGGAGAAAGAAGAGUAUGUGUUAGACGUGGAGAACUACUUGCUGGAAGAAUCAAAAAGUGAUUUUUCACUGAUACCUUACAAUCCCAACGCAGCCGGGAAGACUACAGCAGAAAAGUGGUUUCGC